GCCUAACUAUGUUUCUGGAGCCAAAAUUCUCAAUUAUCGACCACCAUGUUGGUUUGUUUUUGAUCCCAGUCUCCCAAUCAGCCACGUGACAUGCGAAACCUGGUUGAUUUUGCUUCAUCGGCAAUUUUCGUUUUGCUUGUGGCAGCUAAACCAUGUGUGAUAUAUUUUCAGCGUAAAAUGUUUCGUUCCUUUUACAUGAGAGAGCAAGGCACACUUCCUGCGUUUCUUCUUCCCCAAGCUGAGCGAACGAAACGAGUGCGAUCCGUGAAACUGAGUCGCAAUGGCGAAAUGGAACAGGUACAUAAAUCGGGGAUAAACUGUGUUGACAUCGACACAGGCGAAGGUAAAUAUCUGUUGUCUUCGGGUUCAAAUGGAAAAAUAGCCAUUCACGAUAUAGAGGAAUGUUUUUACCAAGACACAUUCAAAUGCACGUCAGUCGCUACGGUGGAAAGAACUUUGAAAGACAGUCACAAACUCAGUGUGGAAACUGUACAGUGGUACCCAAAUGACACUGGCAUGUUUUUAUCCAGUUCAGUCGAUUCGACACUCAAAGUAUGGGAUACAAAUGCACUCGAAGUUGUUGAGAACUUUCGGCUCGAAGGAAUGGUUUACCAUCAUCAAAUGCCAAAGAAUGCCAAGAAACAUUGUCUGGUGGCGACGGCAUGUGAGGACUCCAGAGUGUACCUUUGUGAUUUGAAAUCAGGUUCUGCGAUUCAUAUUUUAAAAGGGCAUUCGAGGGCAGUCAUUUCACUGGCCUGGUCACCAAGGAAUGACUACCUUUUAGCUAGCGGUAGCCGUGACAAUAAAGUACUUUUGUGGGAUGUGCGUAAAGCAGUGGGAAGCAUCCUCUCGCUGGAUCAGCACAAUGGUAAAGGCGGCUCUAGAUCAUCAACUAUAAACACAGCUCACAACGGUCACGUGAAUGGUAUUUCCUUUUCACCUGAUGGAUUGUAUUUACUGACUUAUGGGACAGAUGAUCGUUUAAGAUUGUGGGACACGUUCACUGGCAAGAACACCCUGGUAAAUUUUGGGCGUGUCCACAAUCCCAGUCGGAAAUCUGUUAAACUUUGCCUAUCCAGUGGAACUACAAGGGAAGUGGCUUUUGUUCCAUCUGGUAGCAGUAUAGAGGUGUUUGAAAUUGAGACAGGAAAGCAUAUAGCCACUCUCACUGGUCAUUACAACAAUGUAAACUGUUGCACAUUUCAUAAACAUUUUCAAGCUCUCUUUAGUGGAGCAAAUGAUACAAAUCUCUUGAUAUGGCUUCCUGAAAUGAACCGCACUGGAGAUAAAAAGGAAGGUCAAUCAGCUGAGGCUGUUGCUAGAGCUGCAGAUCAAGUUGUCAAUCCUUAUCAAGACUCCUGGAGCAGCGAUGAAGAGGAAAAGUGAAAAAAAAUAAAUAAAUAAACAGCAACAACACUGGUCAACAACAACAAAAUUUACAUGUAUAUAGCAAAUGGACUUCCUUCCCACCCAUAUGGGGUGUAGCUGCAAUAGUCCUAGUUACUCCAUAUUAUUGAAGAACUGGUGAAGUGAAAGAAAUCUCUUUUCUUACUUUUCAAACUCAUUGAUAAUUCAUCAAGUUAAAUGAAAAUCACUACUGUGAAGGAGGUUUGGG